AUGCCUCCUCCCGCACCAAAGUCACGGAAGAGGAAAGCAGCCGCGGAUCCGGUAUCUAGCGGAGAUGGAAAAAGGAACAGCACCGAAGGAGAGUACCAGACACCAUCAACGCCGAAUAAGCGUCGUGCAAAAACCCAACCCGCCGUUCCCUCGCCAGGCACACCUACUCCCAACAAUGCAAAGCUCAUGGCCGAACCUGUCACGAAUGGGACAACCACAACCCCCAAACCCAAGCCUGGAGCCGUAAAUCGGCUCGCAGAUCCUCGUGCUACCAAUGCCACCCUCCUAUCCCCAGAAACGUCCCGUGUCGUUACUUCCAAGUCCCUGGAUGCCGUUUCGCCUUCAAAAGCUGCCGCAGUGAAAACCACGACCUCCAACAUUCUCGAAGAAGCAUGCGCACAUCUCAUCAGCGUGGACCCGCGCAUGAAGCCGCUCAUCAACGGCCACCAUUGUCACAUCUUCUCGCCUGAAGGUCUAGCCGAGAGCAUCGACCCGUUCGAGAGUCUCUGCAGCGGUAUCAUCUCACAGCAAGUCUCGGGCGCUGCAGCAAAGGCCAUCAAAAAGCGCUUCGUGGAUCUAUUCGACGGAGAUGCGAGGUUUCCCCAGCCUUCCCAGGUCGCGGCCACCUCUUUCGAGAAGCUACGGUCUGCGGGUUUAUCACAGCGCAAGGCGGAAUACGUGCAAGGCCUUGCAGAGAAAUUCACCACUGGCGAGCUGAGCGCUCGGCUUCUGCAUGACGCACCGUAUGAGGAGGUGUUGGAGAAGCUGAUAGCGGUAAGGGGACUCGGCAAGUGGUCCGUCGAGAUGUUUGCGUGUUUCGGGCUCAAACGCAUGGACGUCUUCUCGCUGGGCGACUUGGGCGUGCAGAGGGGUAUGGCAGCUUUUGCAGGGCGAGAUGUGAGCAAGUUGAAAUCGAAGGGCGGCAAAUGGAAAUACAUGUCCGAAAAGGAUAUGGAGGAGAUGGCCGCCCCGUUCGCGCCGUAUCGUAGCGUGUUUAUGUGGUAUAUGUGGCGGGUUGAGGAGACGGAUGUCAGUACGCUGGAGUGA